AUGCCAGAAGCUUCUCUUGCCUUCCCAGCAAUCUGUCUGACCUUCUCAUUCCUUUUCGUUGUUGCGGUUCACAAUGGUUUGAUUAUGCAGCACCUCGGCACCUUCCAUCAUCACAUCCUCCUUCCCUUGUACCAACAGAUCCAGCGCAUGCUCACCUACCAUAACCCCAUCAACCAAAGCAUAUCAAACCGCAUGCCCGAGGCAAGGUACGAGCCAAUCAGGCCCGGGACUAAAGAUGCAGAAGAACAACCUCUGCAUUCUGCGACUUCGUCCAUGCCGCCACCUGACUACCAUCGAGCUGAUGAAAGCCCUGCUCUCGACACCGCCACUAUGUUUUCAGAACGGGAUCACCCAACCGAGAUAAAUAAUAUCAAUAUGACCGCUAGGUUUGCAGGAGGCCCGUACCGUCCACGACAUCGGCCUACCUAUGCGGAUAUCCCUGAGUUUGACACCUACAGCCCACCCCCAAGUCCUCCUGGAGACGGAACAUCAUCCGAUGAGUACGACUCCGACUGGUCCAACUCUGCUGUCGACGAGGCGGUCUUUGAGCAACACCUCCCAGGCGAUGAUAUCCCCGUCUGGGAAUUUGAAGUCGAGCGUCCCAUCUAUGUCCUUGACCAGCGCGACCAGAGAGGACCUGCGGCUUGGUUGGACGAGGUUGUUGAGUGGACUGCGCAAGGAAUUUUCGCUGUCGUUGCCCCCGAGAUGGUCCGACAAAGGGGUUGA